AUGCAGUACCAUAUUGAUAACUGCCCGACCGAGCGUGGAGAGACCUAUAAGCUAGCCAAGGAGCUUGGAUGCAUGCUGAUCGAGAACUGUAAGGAUGUUCUCAACGCCGAUCCAGUAUACAAAGAUGUUGCAGUCCCCACCGGACCCCAGACAACCGUCGAUGCUAGAGGAAACAUUAAAUACCAGGAGGCCACACGGCCAAGUGCUCGCAAACUCGAAGAUUACGUCCGUGCUAUGGCCCAGGGAGGACCCAUCUCUCAAUACAGUGGCCGUACAAAAGUACAAAACGACCUAAAGAAUGUUUAUAAAAUGAUUCAAAAACAACAUAAACUUUCCAAAGCUUCACAAUUACAGUUCAACUCCCUUUAUAAGGAAGUUUUGCGAACCUUGGCCAUGAACGAACGCCAAAUCAUGCCUCGACAGAACGGCCACACUAAGAAGGGAACGCCUGCCAACGGAUCUCACUCUCCUCCCGCCAACUCGGGCAAGAUUGAGACGAUCCCCUUCUUGCACCUUAAGAGGAAAACGACUCACGGAUGGGAGUACAGCAAGAAAUUGACUGGCAUCUAUCUUGAUGGGCUCGAGUCUGCCGCUCGGUCAGGUCUCACCUUCAGUGGCAAGAACAUUCUGAUGACUGGUGCUGGCGCUGGCUCUAUUGGUGCCGCUGUUCUACAGGGAAUGAUCAGUGGUGGAGCUAAGGUUGUUGUGACUACCAGCCGUUUCUCGAGGGAAGUUACUGAGUACUACCAAACGAUGUAUACACGAUACGGCGCUCGAGGCUCCCAACUUGUUGUCGUCCCAUUUAACCAGGGAAGCAAACAGGAUGUUGAAGCUCUUAUCCAGUACAUCUACGACCCCAAGAAUGGACUUGGAUGGGAUCUAGAUCACAUUGUUCCGUUUGCUGCUAUUUCUGAAAACGGCCGUGAAAUAGACUCUAUUGACUCUAAAUCCGAGCUGGCCCAUCGCCUUAUGUUGACAAACAUUCUCCGUAUGAUUGGUGCUGUCAAGUCCCAGAAACACGAUCGGGGCUUUGCAACACGUCCGGCUCAGGUUGUUCUCCCCAUGUCUCCCAACCACGGAACCUUCGGAAACGAUGGUCUUUAUUCCGAGUCGAAACUUGGUCUAGAGACCCUAUUCAACAGAUGGUACUCUGAGAACUGGUCCGACUAUCUCACCAUUUGUGGAGCUGUUAUUGGCUGGACUCGUUCCACCGGUUUGAUGAAUGCCAAUGACACCAUUACCGAAGGUGUUGAGAAGCUUGGUGUUCGUACCUUCUCCCAACAGGAAAUGGCCUUUAACUUGCUCGGGCUUAUGGCGCCACCUAUUGUUGAUCUCUGUCAGAAUAACCCUGUGUUUGCGGACCUGAACGGUGGUCUGCAAUUCAUUCCUGAUCUCAAUGGGUUGAUGAAGAAGCUUCGCAGUGAGAUUGUCGAGACCAGCACUGUCAGACAGGCAGUUAUGAAAGAGACUGCUCUCGAGAAUAAGAUUGUUAACGGUGAGGACAGCGAGGCUCUGUAUAAGAAAGUCAUUACUGAACCUCGCGCCAACCUCAAAUUCGAAUUUCCGACUCUGCCUGAUUGGAAGACCGAGGUUGAGCCCUUGAACGUUAACCUCAAGGAUAUGGUCAACUUGGAUAAAGUUGUUGUUAUCACCGGUUUUGCUGAAAUUGGACCAUGGGGUAACUCCCGUACCCGCUGGGAGAUGGAGGCUUACGGAAAGUUCUCUCUUGAGGGCUGCAUCGAGAUGGCAUGGAUGAUGGGUCUCAUUAAGAACCAUAACGGCCCUCUCAAAGGUAAACCAUACUCUGGUUGGGUUGACACCAAAACUGGUGAACCAGUUAGCGACAAGGACGUCAAAGCCAAAUACGAGAAGUAUAUUCUGGAGCACUCUGGUAUUCGUAUUGUCGAGCCUGAGCUGUUUGGUGGAUACGAUCCCAAUAACAAACACCUGUUGCAAGAGGUUGUUCUGCAAGAGGAUCUCGAUACUUUCGAGGCAUCCAAAGAGACCGCUGAGGAAUUCAAGCGUGAACAUGGCGACAAGGUUGAGAUUUUCGAAAUCAAGAACUCCGGAGAGUACACUGUCCGUCUGCUUAAGGGGGCUACUCUUCUCAUCCCCAAAGCUCUCAAGUUUGACCGUUUUGUCGCUGGCCAGAUUCCUACGGGCUGGGACCCUAAGCACUAUGGAAUUCCUGAUGACAUUAUUAGCCAGGUUGACCCCGUCACCCUCUACGUGCUUGUUUGUACCGUGGAGACUCUUCUUGCAUCUGGUGUCACGGAUCCAUAUGAAUUCUAUAAAUAUGUUCAUAUUUCCGAGGUUGGCAACUGUAUUGGUUCUGGUAUCGGAGGCGCUCAAGCUCUCCGCGGUAUGUACAAGGACCGUUACCUUGACAAGCCACUCCAAAAGGAUAUCCUUCAAGAGUCCUUUAUCAAUACUAUGAGUGCCUGGGUAAACAUGUUGCUCCUUUCGUCAACUGGCCCUAUCAAGACACCAGUUGGUGCUUGUGCCACUGCUGUUGAAUCCGUAGACAUUGGUUACGAGACCAUUGUUGAAGGCAAGGCUCGCGUCUGCUUUGUUGGUGGAUUUGAUGACUUCCAAGAAGAAGGCUCUUACGAAUUCGCCAAUAUGGGCGCCACCAGCAAUGCGGAAUCUGAAUUGGCUCACGGUCGAACACCAAAGGAGAUGUCGAGGCCCACCACCACUACUCGUAGUGGAUUCAUGGAAUCUCAGGGGUGUGGUAUGCAAUUGAUUAUGAGUGCUCAACUUGCCCUGGAUAUGGGUGUUCCAAUCUAUGGUAUAGUGGCUCUUACCACCACUGCUACUGAUAAGAUUGGCCGUUCAGUUCCUGCUCCCGGCAAGGGAGUAUUGACCACUGCUCGUGAGAACCCUGGAAAAUUCCCCUCGCCACUGCUUGACAUCAAAUACCGUCGCAGACAGCUGGACAUGCGCCGUCGCCAAAUCCGAGCAUGGCGUGAGUCCGAGAUUCUUGGUCUCCAAGACGAGAUCGAUACUCUGAAGGCCCAGUCUGAUGAAACCUUCAACGCUGCUGAGUACCGACAAGAAAGAUUUGAACACAUUGAGCGCGAGGCCAUCAGGCAAGAAAAGGAUGCUGCAUUCAGCCUGGGUAAUAACUUCUGGAAGCAAGAUUCUAGAAUAGCUCCCUUGCGAGGUGCCCUCGCAACUUGGGGCCUCACUAUUGACGAUGUUGAUGUGGCUUCGUUCCACGGUACCUCUACUGUCGCCAAUGAUAAGAAUGAGUGUGAUGUCUUGUGUCAGCAGAUGAAGCAUCUUGGCCGAAAGAAGGGUAACGCCCUCUUGGGUAUCUUCCAGAAAUAUCUCACCGGUCAUCCAAAGGGUGCUGCUGGUGGCUUCAUGAUCAACGGAUGUCUUCAGGUUCUCAACACCGGUCUUGUCCCCGGUAACCGUAAUGCCGACAACAUUGACAAGGUUAUGGAGAAAUUCGACUACAUUGUCUACCCCAGCCGCAGUCUGCAGACCGAUGGUAUCAAAGCCUUCUCCGUGACGUCCUUCGGCUUCGGUCAGAAGGGAACCCAAGCCAUUGGUAUCCACCCCAAGUACCUCUACGCUACCCUUGAUGAGGCUCGAUACGUAGCCUAUAAAGCUAAGGUUGAGGCUCGUCAGAAGCGUGCCUACAGAUACUUCCAUAAUGGCAUGAUUAACAACACUCUCUUCGUUGCGAAGGACAAGUCGCCAUAUGAAGACAACCAGGAAUCCAGUGUCUAUCUAAACCCCGAUGUCCGUGUAGAGUACAACGACAAAGAGUCCAAGCUACAGUACCCGGUUCAUUCCAAACCCAAGGCACCAACCCCCGUCAGCAAAACCGAAAGCACAAAGAAGAUGGUCGAGACUCUUGCAAAGGCCACUGUAACUGGCAACACCAAGAUUGGCGUCGAUGUAGAGGACAUUGAGUCUUUUAAUAUCUCGAACGAGACCUUUAUCAACCGCAACUUCACCCAGCGGGAGAAGGAAUACUGUUCUCAAGCAGGCUCCGCACGAGCAUCCUUUGCAGGCCGAUGGAGUGCAAAAGAAGCCGUAUUCAAGUCUCUCGGUGUUCGUGGCAAGGGAAGUGGUGCCCCCCUCAAGGAAAUUGAAAUCAUCCAUGAUGACAACGGUGCUCCAGUUGUAGUGCUACAUGGCGAUGCCGCUGCCGCUGCUAAGGAGGCCGGUGUCAAGGAGGUGCAUGUCAGUAUCACUCAUAGUGAUGCUCAAGCCAUCGCCAUUGCUCAAUCCCACUUCUAA